CCGUCCUUCCUUUCCCAGUCACAUUAGUCAGUCUCUGCCUCCCGCUUUUCGAAAUCGUCCUUGCUCUUUCCUGUACGCAAAACUCAGUACAAAACGACAUGAGAAAGAAACACACACUAUUACUAAUCUAAUCUAAUCUACUCUCUCUUCUCUCACACGAGGUCUCAGGGCUACUUGCAUUUCUAUUAAUCUCUCCUGCAGCUUUUGACAUUCUCAAACCCAACACUCCAGCUCUACUCUCCCUAUAAACUACUCCUCUCUCCCUCUCUCUCUCUGCUUUCACACUCCUCACUCUGGUUCUUCUGCCUAUAAAUACUCUGUUUCUGCUCUGUAAUUUCUGUGAGGGCCGGGUUUCGAACAUGUAUACGAGGGAGAGAUCGUCUUUUCAGGAAGACAAGUUCCCAGGAGGAGGAGGAAGAAGGAGAAGAAACCCUUCUUUCUCUUCUUCUCUUCUCGACUCUAUUUACCGCUCGAUUGACGAAUCGAACGGUGUCGAUCCGGGCUUUGUCAGAGAGUCGAAGAAACAGAGCAGCUCUGUUUCCAAGCGUGAAGAGACUAAAGGAGGCAGCGGGAAGACCAAUCUUCGCCGAGCCAUGAUGAUCGAGAAUUGGGUUGAGAGGCAAAGCGUUCAUAGCUCUAUGUUCACGAACUCGGCUUCCAGUUCUUCAGAGUCGAGCUCCGGAGCUGCAUUUUCGUCUUCGGAUCAAACAGAGUCGAGCUACAAAAGACGGUCGAAACAGAGUCCGGCAGUAGUGGUCUCUGUUCGCUCCGAGAAUAUGGAGAAGCCGAAAAGCGAGAGUGGAAGUGGAGGCGGGUUUACGAAGACGAAGCUUAGAGCUCUGAAAAUCUACGGCGAAUUGAAGAAAGCCAAGCAACCCAUUUCGCCGGGAGGGAAAAUUGCGAGCUUCAUCAACUCGAUUUUCAAUUCCGGGAACGUCAAGAAAGCCAAGAUGUGCUAUGUUGGAGCUGUAGAAGACGUGAGUACUUCAGAGCAUGUAACCAAGUCUACAUACUCUUCUUCUUCGGCUUCAACUUUUUCAAGGUCUUGUUUGAGCAAACCUUCUUCAAGGUCCAAGAAAUCGAGCAAUGGCAACAAAAGGUCCGUGAGGUUUUACCCAAUAAGUGUGAUUCUUGGUGAAGAUGACACUCAAAUUUCAAGCCAUAAAUGUGUUUAUGAACAAGAUCCUAGCUUGAUGCCAAAACCCACAUUUCAAAAAUUUGCAAGAACUCCAGGUCAAAAUUUCCGGAGGAGCUUAUGUGAAGAUGGUGAUGAUGAGGAAAGUGAUGCUGAGAGUUAUUCAAGUUCGGAUCUUUUCGAGCUCAAUCAACCAGUUGGGAUUGGUAGAUAUAGAGAAGAACUUCCGGUUUAUGAAACCACUAAUGUCAGAACCAAUCAAGCCAUUGCCAAAGGCUUGAUAUUGUAAUUUUCUUUGUUCAAAUUCAUGAAAAGUCAUUCUCUAUCA